AUUCUGUCAGACGCUGGGGUUGUUAUUUAAUGAGACAGGUGCAGAGAAGAGGGUUAGGAUGCAAAAAUAGCUUUUUUUAUUUAUAGUUUGCAACAACUCACAAUCUUAUCUGACAUAUUUUUAACAAGCGCUCCAAUCUGCCUGCCUGGAGACAGUAAAACACGAAUAUAGUCUUUAUUAAGGCCAUCAAAAGCCAACACGGGACUCCCCGUUGGUUCGUGUAUGUGCCUCGCGUUCUCGCAUUUCCAUUACGCACAGGAGUGCGCUCACAUGCCCUCUGAACGAGCCCUCCUGGCAGAAUGGAGCAGCGCGCAGGAAGAGCCUUGGUGACUCAUGAGGACCACACGGAGGACGACGGUGAAACACGAGCUCCUGGCAUCUUUAUCACCUCAGAGAUGAACUUCUUAAAUUUCCCUGCAUGCGUAAAAUAUAUAUUAUGAUCAUGUCAUGCUGAACAUUGUAGUAUUCCCAUCAUGCCCACUGCACCCUGAUGGGAGAUGGAUUUAGAGGUGAAGGAUGUGAACGGGUCGAACUGUUUGUCCCGGAAUGAGAGCGACCGCGGGCUGAGCGCUUCCUCCGCUGGAGUGUCCACUGCGCUGGCCAGCGUGCUGAUCUUCACCAUCGUGGUCGACAUCCUGGGCAAUGUCCUCGUUAUCCUGUCCGUGUACAGGAACAAAAAGCUCAGGAAUGCAGGCAACAUCUUCGUGGUGAGUUUGUCUGUAGCAGACCUGGUGGUGGCUUUGUACCCCUAUCCUCUGGUCCUGACAGCCAUCUUCCACAAUGACUGGACCAUGGGUGACCUGCACUGCCAGGCAAGCGGCUUCAUCAUGGGCCUAAGCGUCAUCGGCUCCAUCUUCAACAUCACGGCCAUUGCCAUCAACCGCUACUGCUACAUCUGCCACAGCCUCCACUACGACCGCCUGUACAGCCUGAGGAACACCUGCUGCUACCUGGGCCUCACCUGGCUGCUCACCGCCAUCGCCACAGUGCCCAACUUCUUUGUUGGCUCCCUGCAGUACGAUCCCCGCAUCUACUCCUGCACCUUCGCCCAGACGGUCAGCUCAUACUACACUAUCUCAGUGGUGGUUAUUCACUUUCUUAUCCCGCUGCUGGUGGUGUCCUACUGCUACAUGAGGAUAUGGGUGCUGGUGAUUCAAGUGAAACAUCGGGUUAAACCGGAGCAAAGGACCAAACUGAAACCUAGUGAUGUGAGGAACUUCCUGACUAUGUUUAUGGUGUUUGUGUUGUUUGCAGUAUGCUGGGCUCCAUUGAACCUUAUAGGGCUGGCUGUAGCUAUAAACCCUGUGAAAGUUGCGCCCAACAUACCUGAGUGGCUAUUUGUCACAAGCUACUUUAUGGCGUACUUCAACAGCUGCCUCAACGCUAUUAUAUAUGGACUAUUAAACCAAAACUUCCGCAAAGAAUACAAGACAAUUCUUCUUGCUCUUUGCAUCCCACGUUUGCUCCUCAUGGAGACCUCCAGGUGUGCCACAGAGGGACUGAAGAGUAAGCCUUCACCAGCUGUAACGAACAAUAACGUAGCAGAGAUAAAUGUAUAAACAAAUGUUUUAAUGAGAAACUUAGAUUAAGUUUCUCUUGAGCCUCUAUUGUGGAUGUGUGACAUGAUUCACUCCGUGCCUUUUUACAAGUUGUGGUUUCCAGUUGUAAAGAUGUAAUCAUGUUUGGGAAGGACACUGCUGCCGUCAUAUUCCUUUUAGCCAUGUCAGACGCUGUUCCCUCAUGUUGGGAGGAAAACAAUCAGUUGUAUCAUCGAAACAUUUUGCUCCUUUGUGGCAGUUUCCUGGCACUCUAUUUGAAGACAGACAAACUGGUUAAAAGUUAGGGGGGAAAAAAUCCAUAUAACUUGUCAGCCUUCACCAAAAAGCAUUUUGACCUUGGAGGGUAGUCAGCAGCAUUGACAAUUACUUACAGUGAGUCACUACGUACUUUAUAGCCUAUUGUCUUGACGGGAUACUUCACUUUCCAAGCCACAUCCCGGGCAUGUGUACAUGUGCACAAAAAUGACUCACUGCCUAUUGGCACAGAUCAAUUAUAAAUAUGUGAACAACAUAAUGAAAUAAAAUAAAUACAGUUUCUUUUCCCAUCAUGUCUCUAUGCUCUUCAAUUCAGAAUUAAUUAUGUAAAAGUCUCAAGAUUUGUUUGUUUCUCUCUAUGCAAUUAACUGGAGGCUUUUUAUUUAAUGCUCGGUUCAAUUAUCAAGGAUUUAACACUAUUAUUUGGAUUUUAGUGACUGAGAAUAUUAAAACUUGGGCAGCUGCCAAUAUGGAAACACUUAAGCUUUAGCUCUUUUUUUUUUUUUUUUUUUUUUUUUACAGCUAUCCCACAUUUCAUCCUCAGUGUGACGAGUAGCUCAGUCUCUCACUGGGAAUGUAGGCUGUAUUAAUUCACCAUGAUGCCGACUCACCCUCAGGCUUGUCUUCAUAGCAACGAUGCCCUCACAAAACACACUGGGAAGAUUGUGGAAGCUUUUGCUCCAGUUUUAAUUCAAGAGAAGAAACCACAAAUAUCAGAGCAGAACAUUAACAUGUCAGUGGAAAAGAGCGUGCUUUGUUGUUUGUAAAAUUGAACUCUCUUACAGUUUUCAGUCAGUUCUUCCGGUAAACAAACUUGUGUUUACUAUUCAACUAUCGCAUGCAGAUAAUCAGACAAAAAAGUUCAAAGCUCCACCACACGUCCCCUUUCAGACCUUGAAUGAUUUAGGAAUUGCUGAAAUCUUAAAAAUGGGGAAGACCGGAUUAUAAACAAAGCCAUCUUUCUUGUUUAUUAAAUGCCUGAGGGACAUGAUACACAUCAGGAGCCAGAGAUGUAAUUCCGUGAUAGUGCAAGUGUGCCUGAGCACAUGUCACCCGAGCCGAGAUGAGCUCUGACAGCCUCCCAGCAAAACUUCCACAGCAAACAAACUAUGAGCGGGUCACCUCACAGGGAGGCUCUAAGAUGCCAAUGUAACACAUUGCUGAUAUAAUGCACUGUUACUGGAAUAUUAAAGGAAUUACAAAUGUUUAAUUUAAAGUAUUCAUAAAUAUUCUCAGCAUAUUUUACAACUACUUUCAGAUCCAUUUUCAGAUUUUUGUAUUCUUGUUGUGCUUUGUCUGAUGUCUGAGUGGAUGAAUAAAGAUGCCAAAACAGGAA